UUGUCAUGCCGUUUAUGUCUGUAAUGUAUUUUACAUUUGCUAGGCAUUCUUUUAAACCAGACAUACGUUACUAAUUGAAUUUGCGAACCGGCUUGUUUUUGUCUGCUUUUUUUAGCAAAUGCUAAGAAGCUAACAGGGGUUUAGCAGGUUUGCUAACGUCAUUUAUGAUGUCAAAAACCCCCAAAAAGAUUAAGCUGGAGGUAGCGAUGACUUCUUCAGAAUGGCGCCUGUCUCUGAAGAUGAUGGAUCAGCCCAAAUCCACCUUCCACUUCCCAGACAUGAUGCCUGGGGAUGUUCCUCCUGGAGGAUACAGAAUCGCCACUGUAAAACAGCUUGUCGCAGCACAGAUCCCUGACUCCUUCCCAGAUCCUGAACUAAUAGAGUUCGUCCACUGUGGUCGGAAGCUUAAGGACGACCUUACUCUGGAUGCCUGCGGGAUUCAACCGGGAUCCACCUUACACAUCCUCAAAAAGACCUGGCCAGAGUCAGAGAGCCGUUCAGAGCCUGUGAACAGAGCAACAGCAGCCAGGGAGUUCAGGGUGUUUCACGCUGCUCUACACUCUCUAAACUCUGCCUACAGAGACUCAGUUUAUAAAAUGCUGACAAAUAAAGAGUCUCUGGAUCAGAUCAUUGUGGCCACACCCGGGCUCAGGUUAGACCCAGUUGCCUUAGGCGUGCUUCAAGACAAAGAUCUCUUUGUGCAGUUCACAGACCCCAGCAUGCUGGAUGUAUUGAUCUCUUCACACCCGGCCCUCGUCAAUGCCAUCAUCCUGGUGCUGCACUCUGUGGCCGGCAGCAUGCCCGCUCAGGCCAGUGCCAGCUCCUCUCGCAACGUCUCCGCCAGCUCCUACAGCGAUAUGCCAGGGGGCUUCAUGUUUGAGGGCAUGUCUGACGAUGAGGACGACUUCCAGUCCGGGAGCCCCGCGGGUCCCUCACACAGAGCAGGAGGCUCGGCAGGAAUACGCCCAGUGUCUCUGAGCCACAGCGGAGCGACGGGCCCUCGACCAAUAACGCAGAGCGAGCUGGCCACAGCUUUGGCCCUCGCCAGCACGCCUGACAGCAGCGCGGUCACUCCAACAACUUCUAGCCAGUCGGACCCCUCUAGUGGCGUAGCCCCCAUGCCAGCAGGGACCCCAGUGAGUAACGAUCUCUUCAGCCAGGCGCUGCAGCAAGCUCUGCAAGCCUCCAACAUGUCGGCUCUACAGGGCCGCUGGCAGUCCCAGAUGCAGCAGCUCAGAGACAUGGGGAUCCAGGACGAGGAUCUGAUGCUGAGGGUGCUGCAGGCCACAGAUGGUGACAUCCAAUCUGCCCUGGAGCUCAUAUUUGCUGGAGGCCCCGGACUCUGAGCCAUCGCCCCACAGACGGAGGCUUUUAUAGACCUGGGAACAGCUUGUCUUCUACAGUAUUCAGAUGUAUUAUGAUUACCCUGUUUUUCACAUUUACAGCAUCACAUCAGAGUCUCUCUUGGUGAUGACAGACUUUUGUUAUUAAUAUGAUUUAUUGUAAUAAAUGUGAUCAUGCUUACCUCAUCCACUUCUGAGCCUGGCUUCCUGUUACUAAAAAGAUGACAUUGACUGUAAACGUAUGGCAUUACUCAUUCUCAAUUAUACUCUAUUUCAAGGGUUCUCAAACUCUUUCAGCUUGAGACCCAAAAGGGACAUUUGGUCGCUCCCCUGUACCUAACACUUUAGAAUUACAUCAUGAAUUGCCAUAACGUCUACAUAAUAAACUACUGACAAAGAACACAAAACAAAUAAAUAAAAAAUGUAAUUUGUUAUAGUACAUCACUGCAAUAAUCCCAUCUCCUGUGUGUAAUGUUUAGAUAUUUACUUCCUCAGCAAACAUUCACAAUAAACUUGCACAAAAUCAUUAGGACAUAAUAGAGUAAGGCAAUGCACUCAAUGUCAGUUUGGGUGGGGGUCAACAUUAAUUGUCACACAUUUUGUUAUCACUAAUAAAUGAAGAAUCAUGUUU